GAAUACAGAAGGGUGAAAUGAAUUUUUUGAUUCAUAUACAUGGCAUUUAAAAUAGAAAACAAUAAAAAUUUUAUUAAAAAUACAUUAUGUAAAAUAUUCAAUCAUAUAUUAGUUAUGUUUAACACAAUUAUGUUACCGGUAUCGGCGAUAAAAGCGGUAUCAGUAUAUAAUGCAUGUAUGUGACCAUAUAGAUGAGCAUUGGUCGUUUGUUUUACAUAAUGGUUCUGGCAAAAGCUCCACAGUGUCUAUUACCUGACCCUAUUUUUGAUGAUGGCUUUAAUAAGCAGUGAAAUGAAAGUAUCAGUGAUUCAGUUUUAUCUGAUGAGCGAAUUUGCCAUUAAUGGGCAAGAUGUGUACGUGUAUCGUUUUGCCAAAUUGCUGUUGUUGCUGAAACAAGAAUAGCUAUUCUCCACAGCAUAUGGGCCAACUCCAAUUUUUAGUACAUACUUAUAGAUGAAAAAUUCACUAAAAAGAAAUUUACCUUAACGGAGUCCUGUGGCACCGGAUAUUUUGUCUCAUUGAAUUUAUGGGAACACGAUUAUAUUACAGAUGGGAACACAUUAAUAUAUUCUUUGACCAGCGUGACCAUUGCUCUUCUGUUUUACAACAUAGCUCUUCGGAACAAUCGCCAGAGUGUCUGUUACCCGGACUUAUUUUUGAUGAUGAGCCUGGGGCUGCUGCGCCAUCAGCCCUCGCCUAAACCCAAUCCCGGCCAGUAUUAUGAAGUCACAAUCAGUAGAAUAAGGGGAGAAAUUAUUGGAGGUUGAUAAAGCCAGUGAUCAUAUAGGUCACCAGCGCCUUCAAUGGUAAGCAACAAAAAUAGAAUAGGGCGAAAGAGACAGUUUCAUAAGGUUUUUAACAAUCGUGAGACUAAAGAUUUACGGUUUUAAUCUGUGGGGUAUGACUUGGCUUGGCGUCAGUCAAUUUAAAUUUUCUUAGAUGAGUCGAAUCAUGCCUUGUAAUACAAUGAAUUGGGUGACAACUUGGAAAGAAGUCUAAUCGAACCACAUAUUACUCGCCUGUAUAGUACAUGAUUUUGGUAUUUCAACGAAUGGAAUCAUCCUGUAUAUUUUAUCAUGAAUAGGACGAGCCAGAAAUUGACCCCCUGGCCCCAACUCUGUUGUCACACGUUGUCACAAUAGUAACUAUUAUUUGUAUUUGCGUAACAAAAACACGUUCAUUGCUAUUCACUUUAAAAGUUGCUCUUGACACAUCGAUUAGCAGGUUUUUUCGACGGCAUAUUGGAAUAAUAUAUACGAUUGGUUAACCGAAUGGCAUAUCAUUAGUUGAAAAAACGUAUUUAUAUUAAGAUAUUUUUGUCGUGUGAUAGUGUUACAAUCCACCCGACUUCAUCUUAGAAUAAUGGACCUGUUAUGUUACGCAGCUGGAUAUUUUGUGACAUCAGCACAAGCACGCAAACUAUCAGUUAGCGAAUUCCAACUUAUAUAUGAAUCAGAUUAGUACGGCAGUGUAAGAAAAUUUCCGUAACUACCAUCAUGGAGGAGGAAGAGGCCAAAGAUGAUUCAAAUAAUACAACACUUACGGUGUUUCGUAUUCUGUUCUGCAUAAUUGGGUUGUUCGGAAACUUCAUCGUGAUAUUCGUAAUAAUAUUUCUGAAGGAAUUCAAGAAAUCUGUUACUCACUGGUAUGUGCUACAACUUGCUUUUGCUGACUCCAUAUUCCUGAUGAAUAUACCGUUUAAAGUAAUUGAGGACAAUCAUCAGAAAUGGAUAUUUUCAGCUGGUUUAUGCAAGAUAAAGGAGUCAGUAGUGUUCCUAAAUUACUACUCUUCAAUUUUGUUUCUACUGGUUAUGAGCUUUGAUCGAUAUGUAGCAGUGUGCCAUGGGUUCACCGAUUUUGGCCGAAAACUUCGUUCGAAUAAAGCAGCGUAUAUCAUCACCGCCGGGGUGUGGUUGUCGGCUCUUCUCUUAUGCAUCCCAGUCAUGCUCUACAGCGAUAAGCGAGGAACAAGUCCGAAUUGCAAGUGUCUAUAUGAAUUUCCGAAAUCGAUCGAAGAGAAGUGUAUGGCUUCGGGAGAGUCGAUAGAAGAAUGUGUUAAUAAGACAGCUUUUAUCAGCACAGGACCGAGUUGUAUUGAUCUUGAGGACUUCAAUUUGACUGGAUAUGACGAUUAUUACGAAUAUUCCGGCUCAUAUGAAUAUUACGACAACGAUACAAGUGACGUUACCAACAUGGGAUGUACAUAUGCAUUAAGUGGUCGAUCAUGGACAGUGUACUUGGUAUUAAACUUUGUGAUCAUGUUCGUGAUUCCCGUACUGGGAAUGUCAGGCUGCUAUUUCUUGAUUUCUCGGGAGCUACGAAAACUAAGAAUUCGUCGUUCCAGCGUUGUCAGUGAAACAAUAUCUAGGUCCGCAUCAUCAGCACAUGGCAAAAGAAGUCGCUCAAAAUCUGCUGCGUCAAUUAAGGCGGAGAAAAACCGCAUUCGCGUCACAUACACCUGUCUUGCACUUGUUCUACUUUUCAUCGUGUGUUGGCUCCCAUAUCAUGUAGUUCAUAUGGCGAAGAUAAAAGGUAUCGUGAACGAAUCAACUGAGUUUUGUGCAAGGCUUGGAUCAACGACAUCUCUACUGGCGUAUAUGAACUCGGCAGUCAAUCCCUACAUUUACAAUUUAAUCGGAACGAGAUUUUUUAAACGAUUGAGAUCUGCUGCAGAGUCGGUUCGAAGGUCAGUUAAAAAUCGAACAUCAUCUAUUACAUCUGGCGGGGGAAGAGUUCGACAUACUGCGAAGAAACGCAGCAUUGGAACGCAUUCAGUAAGCAGCAGCAUGACGGCAACAACAAAAUUUAGUAUGAAAAAAUAUGAGGGUGAAUCUAGGAAAUCCUCCAGCAAUGCUGAAGAUGUUCGAGAAAAGAAUCCAGAAGUUCAGAAUCCUCUGGUUGAAACUCCCAUCUAAAUAGAAUGUAUCUAUGCAAUGCAUACAGAAAUUUGCUGAUGAAAAAUAUAUCGUCAUUUUAAAAUAUUUUAAUCGUUUUUGUUAUACUAUUUGGCCAGUCUAUAUUUUAUGCAUUAAAAUUUUUCAAUAUGACUAAAAAUUUUGUGAUUGUGCUAUACCAGAUCCCAUGCAUUCGAAUAGUGUAUUAUUAUAUUUGGGUUUUAUACUGUGUAAAUAAUUUUGCACAAUUUAUACUCGAUUUCACGAUACUUUUCUUCCAAGUUGUGAUUCGCAAGCUGUUAAACCAAAACGCAAUUCAUCUAACUCCCUAAUCGAUCGAUUUCAUUUGAAAAUUUUGUUUGAGAAAUUGUAGUCUAUAUAUUUUAUUAUACCCAAUAAUAACUAUUUUAUAUUGGAGCAAUUCUGCUUGUCAAUGCUAGCUCCGUAAGUCCUAUCGAGACAGGGUCGCGAUUGCGAUUCUUGGUAAUAGUCAACUCGGUCAUACUUGGUUAAAUUUUUUGUGCCAACCGUGAGAAAACACUGCUUAUAACAGAGCCUUUAUCGCUUACGAAUCAAGCCUUGACUUCCAUGCAUCUCUUGGCUGUUGAGUCAUAAGAUUAAAUUUUGACAUAGGUUUCGGAAUCCAGAAUAACAAACAUUUUUACGGGAAAAACUUGGCGCUUGCAAUUUUUUUUAUAAGUUAUUUACUUCCAAUUACGCGAAGAAUUUUGACUUAUACUAUGGGAAAUUUCCGGAUAGCUCUAGGGUUAAUCGAAUAUAACAAUAACAGAAAAACGCCAAACUCUUAAGUCCUGAUAAAAAAUUUAAUCAAUAAUAAAAAAUAUAGGAACAUCCGUCUGAAAUUGUAAAUUCUAAAUUGAUUCGUAGCUGGUGUUGGCAAUUAUUGGUCUGUUGAAACUCCUGUAUUGGUGGAUUGUUGCUCUAGACACAAUUCUGUAUUCUGUGAUCUUUUAAAUUCUAUUUUAUUAUUAGUCUCUUUGCUCUUAUUUAAAUCGGAGAUCCGUCACUGGUAGUUUUGGAGCUUAACAAUAAAUUGUAUCCAUAUAACUCAUCACAUACAAUUUGAAGUUUAAUAAAGUGAAUUAUUCCAAGAUUAAAUGCAACUUAUAUCGUAUUUUUGCAACAUUUUUUUUUUGAAGUGUGACAUACUUUCCCCACCUAACAUUUAUUCUAAAGACAGGCACACAUAUACUGUACUGAAAAGACGGAUUGAUUUUUUUUUGCUUUUGGGAAUAUAUUGAGCUUAGGUCAAUAAGAAUUUAAAUCUAAAUUCUCUUUUGGCUACACGUCAUUUUAGACAAACAUUUGGUAAAACCAAGAAAACGUAAUUUUG